AGACUAAAAGGAGACUGCAGCCAUACUCUACUACUUGAUCUAUAAUGUUUUGUCUAUACAAACAAAACGAAAAGAGAGAAUCUCGAAGUAUGAGACUCUCCUUUUUACAUCUCACCCUUCUAUUUUGUACCGUUGUUUUUGUUCUGAGCCCAUCAGACUCUAUUGCAUACACUAUUUGAAUAUUUUGACUCCUCAUCAAUUAUCAAGAAGAAAGAUUGAGGUUUCCAAUGAAGAAACAGACAUACUCCAAACUCUCCUUUGCAAACUAUUCUUCUCUUCGAGCCCUUUCAUGAUUUCGAUAUUGGGGUUCACAUACAAUAUGUACUUAAUCAAGGACGACGAAGCUCUCUCUCUCUCUUCUCUCUUCUCUCAGAAGCAAAAGACUCUCUCUCUCUCUCUAGUUUCUUGUUUUUUUAAUAUUUUUCACUUUAAGUUUCUCACUCUAAAAUCUGCCCUCACGACUUGGGUGAUAUGAGCCUCUCUAGUCUCAACAUACUUAUUAUUGGCCUCGAAUCCCCCACUAAGCUGAUUCCUACCAAAGUUUACACUACCUAGUACCUACCAAGUCUAUUAUGUGAUUCUUAACUUGAGUAAAGAUAGAACAGAUAUUGUAAUUUGUGCCUAUGAAAUUGUGUAAGUUCAAACGACGACAACAAUUGUUUUUCUCUCUCCUGCGGUGCUCUGUACGGACGGAGACGGAGUGAUGUUUUAGAUCUCGGACAACAGAUCUGAGCUCCUCUCGUCCUCCUCUCCUCUUCUGUUAUAUGUUUUUCUCCGGAUCUAUGCUAAUUCGGUCUAGAUCUAAAAGACUACUUUUUAUUUCCCUUCUCCUUCUCCAACUACAGUUUUGUUCAGAGCCGCUUCUCUCUCUUUCAACCCUUAUGAAGCAGAAGAAUCACUCUAGCAUUAUGCUAAGAUUUAUAGAUGUUUUCUCUAGCUAAAUGCUAAGUCAUUUUCUUUACUUAUCGAUCGUAGGCUCAAGGACAACCUCACCUCUCUGUUCAUGGAAAGAACAAGACAUGUUUAGUGAUAAUGACUGCUCGAAUCUCUUAAGCUCCUCUUAUUUCCACUUUGUUUCCACCAUGAUUUCUGGUGAGAUCUUUCCUUACUCUGCUCUAUCCUUCUGCCGGUUAUCCAAGGCAAGCUCGACAUUCCUCGUGAGACCAUUCCCUCUCCAACUGGGUGCUGACACUCUUGUCCUCUUUGGUCUCAGAUCGAAAAACUUUCUCACAGUUGUGAAGGAGCUUCUGAAAACUCUCAAUUGGGAACUAUUUCCGCCUAUCUACCUCUGGUCCCUUUCAUUGGAACGGAGACCUCAUUACAUGAAGAAUGAGUUGUGGCCUACCCUUCACCCCGCUUUGUCACCGGCCAGAUCCUUAUCAAUUUAUGUCUCACUUGGUUUGAAGGGAUGUCAUAGACCUCGUUCCAACCGCUGGCCCAUGCCUCUUUUGAAGCUAAUUCUAGAUCUGGUGAGCUCUUCACCCGUGGAACAACCAUAUCGAAUGUCAACCCUCUUAACAAAGUCGGAUCUGGGGUCGGCGAUAAAACUCGUGUUAACUCGGCUGAUUCGAUCUCACCCUUCUCAUCGGUCAAACAUCUGGUGUCAGUUGGUGAAUCCAAGGGCUUCAACCUUAGACACACCCUCAUGGAGAAAACCGAUUAACAUACUGAUGCUCCCAUCGCUGGAUUUCUCUACAUUCGUUAGAGAACAAAAGCUUCGACGACAUGGUUCCGUGCCAGAUUGUCUCCGAAAAUUUCAAACUGAUUCCUUUUGGUGGGCCUCUACUGCAAAUUAUUUGGAGUGGGAUAAUGACGGUUUAGUAAAGAGGACGUAUCCAAAGCUCAAUAGCAUCUGCCAAUUCGUAAUAACUUCCUCACUAAAUGAGAGAUCAUUUAUAAAAUCUUCCUUUUAAGGAAUGCUUAUUCUUGCAACGUUACUUAUUAAGUCCCGGUCUCAAGGUGCCAUUGCUAGAGCUCACAAUCAAUCGUUUUAAAGUUAGUACGGUGGGGUAUUAUUCUCCCUCCGGAACUAAUAAAUGAGGAUAAUAGCAUGGAAUUGCCAAGGGACGGAAGCCAAAUUGACUUGUCGUCGACUAUGUGAGAUGUGUCGGGUAUACUCACCAGGUUUUUUAUUUCUGUCGGAAACAAAAAACGACAAGUUUUAUCU